UUGGCGCUGGUCUCUGUCGCUUUGAUGGGCGGCGAAAAGGUGCUGCUAAAUCUGGCAGCUAAAUAGGUUUUAACUGUCGCUCCUUUGCAGCUCCAGUCGCCCGUCAUGGCACCCUAAAUGUUCAAUGGACCCCUGCUUGCUAACUGACUGCAUCCUGUCUGCGGCUGGCUGUAGGCGCUGACCCCCGGAGACACGAGCCGACCGAAGCCGCCGUGAUGAGCUCGGAGCACCAGGGCGACGGUGACGACGCCGACGAGCCGCAGGAUAGGCCCGGCAGCACCGGCAAGGAAGUAGACCCUGUCCCCCACCAGUCGGAGGAGGAAGACGUCGCCGCCAGGGAGGUCUGCGCUUCGCCGCCGGAGAGCAGUAGCGAUGAACGGCCUAAGCGCAGCGGCUCUCCGCGGCUGGAGGACGGAGGGCGCUGCAGCCCGCCGGUCGCCGCUCCACAAGCUGGCGGCGGUGGGAGCUCCGUUAGCGAGAGCUUCAGGGGGAACAGCCUGUUUUCAUGGCUGCAGAGGAGGACUAUACGACGGGGGCUGUUCGUGGACCCAGCCAGGGAUAACUUCAGAACAAUGACCAGCCUGUACUGCUCCAUGAACCCGGCCGUGGAGUCAGUUAAUCUGAGCUCUCAGACCCACGGAGCUGUGUUCAACCUGGAGUACUCGCCGGACGGGUCUGUGCUGACUGUGGCCUGUGAGCAGACUGAGGUCCUCCUGUUUGACCCCAUCUCAUCCAGACACAUCAAAACCCUCACAGAAGCCCACGAGGAUUGCGUCAACAACAUAAGGUUUCUGGACAAUCGCCUGUUUGCCACCUGCUCUGACGACACCACCAUUGCGUUAUGGGACCUUCGCAAGCUGAACUCGAAGGUGUGCUCCUUGCACGGGCAUGCCAGCUGGGUGAAGAACAUCGAGUACGACACCAACACUCGUCUCUUGGUCACCUCUGGCUUCGAUGGCAACGUCAUCACGUGGGACACCAACAGGUUUACUGAGGACGGCUGCCCACACAAGAAGUUCUUCCACACUCGCUAUCUGAUGAGGAUGCGUCUGACACCCGACUGUUCCAAGAUGCUCAUCUCUACUUCCUCAGGGUACCUACUCAUCCUUCACGACCUGGACUUGACCCAGUCCCUGGAGGUGGGCAGUUACCGCAUGCUGCGUGCCAGACGGACCCCCCUCAGUUCAGAUGGAGGAACGUCAGCAUCUAGGUCGACUGCAGCGCCACGACAGGGACAUGACUCCAAGAUUCAUCCUCACAGAGAAGGUCUCUCCCCAAGGAACAGCCUGGAAGUUUUAACUCCCGAGAUCCCAGGAGAGAAGGACCGAGGGAACUGCAUCACAUCCCUGCAGCUUCAUCCGAAGGGCUGGGCCACGCUCAUCCGGUGCUCCAGCAACAUGGACGACCAGGAGUGGACAUGUGUGUACGAAUUCCAGGAGGGAGCGCCCACUCGGCCGCUGGUGUCUCCCCGCUGUUCCUUACGCCUCACUCACUACAUUGAGGAGGCUAAUGUUGGGCGGGGCUACAUCAAGGAGCUGUGCUUUAGCCCCGACGGACGGCUCAUAUGCUCCCCCUAUGGCUACGGCGUCCGUCUCCUCGCCUUCGACGAGAGCUGCAGUGAGCUGGCCGACUGCUUGCCCGUCCAGACCAGCUGCCUGCGGGAGAUCCGCUCCAUCUACUCUCACAGCGACGUGGUGCUAACCACCAAGUUCUCCCCGACGCACUGCCAGCUGGCCUCAGGCUGCCUCAGCGGCCGUGUGGCGCUUUACCAGCCCAAGUUUUAGCAUCUAGGCUUAUUGAAAACCAGAGCGCUGCAGACCUGGGUGAAGACGUACCUAAGAGAAAGUCUGGAAAUAUAUCAAGGAAGCAUUUUCCCGAUGCUAACACUGACGAAUACAUUUCUACAAGACAUCUGCAGUGGCCCUUUGUAUCAUUUCAGUCUCACUGCAGAUAUUUAAUGACACUAAUAUUCUGUUUAGUACAAUUCUGCGUACCAGUUAUAUCAACACAAUCCAAAAAGAGAAGAUAUUUGGACUAGAGAUGUACACACCUGCUAUAAAAGUCUGAAAAAAUGAAGCUAACUAGAGACGCACCGAUCAGAUUUUAAUUGCAGAUUUCUGACCUCUACUUUUUUAUGUAGAGCUUUCACCUGUAGAUACCUGCUUCAUUCAUUUCCGGUUCUCUUAAAAACUUAAAAAAAUACAAUAACAGGUUUUAAAUUAUUCUUCAUUCUUUUUUCAUUACGUUAGCUGUUAUUUAUUAUUCACAUUAGGAGCAGAAAGUGUUGCACCGCAUGUUUUUGUAGAACAAGGUUAUGCUAUUUAAAAUCUAAGACAAAAUCUUUUCCGUUACACUUUAAACUAUCGUUAGCAUCUUAGGUAAUUAAUUAGCAUGAAUAGCAUUUAUAAAACAGCCUUCUCCAAUUUUGAUGAGUUGUCAUUUAAUAUUUCAUGACACGUAAGAUCAAAAUAGAUUUUAAUGUAAUUUAAUUUCCCUCCUUGCUUUCCUGUACCCCAUAUAAACCUCAGAAAUUUCUCAACAUGGUGUAGAAAAUGGUUUCCUUUGUUAGAGCUUCUGGCUUAAUGUAAAACGCUUAACUUUGAUUCUUCACUCAGUAUUAGCCUUUACACCGAAGAGUGUUGUUGUCAGGUAGCAUUAUGGUACAUUCAGUGACUG